AUGGAGGGCACGAACGGCACGGAGCCGUGGCAGCGCAGCCUGCAGGCGGUGCUGAGCGCCCUGAACCGGACCCUGCACGGGGCCCGGCCGUGCCCGGGGCAGCCCCCGGCCGGGCCGGUGCCGGUGCCCGGGGACCCGCGGCGCAACGCCAACGCCUACAUGUACAUCCUGUUCGUCAUGACGCUCUUCGCCGCCACCGUGGGCAGCCUCAUCCUGGGCUACACCCGCUCCCGCCGCGUGGACAAGCGCAGCGACCCCUACCACGUCUACAUCAAGAACAGGGUCUCCAUGAUCUGA